AUGAUUCAUCAGAUGGUGCCGAGUCACAGCUCGAACGCCGAGGAGCGGCGGCAGCCCCUGCGGCGCACCAUCGAGAAGCGCCUCCUGCGCGCUGCGCUGCUCUUGGCCGCAUACGCGGCUUCCGAUGGAGCAGGUUGUCGGAGCUUUACAGGCUCGUCCGGGGUCGUGGCCCCGCUGCAGAUCUCCAGGCCUCCCCGGAUCGCCUUGGCUGCAAACCCGGCUCUGCCGGCCUCCAUCGCUAUCUCAAAGAAGAUGACUGCGAUGGACGAGGCGGUGAAGGCCGCCGCCAAGCCAGAAGAAGAGCUGUACUGGAGGGUGCUGGCCUACUGCACAGCUUGUCGAACGCCCUGGUGCAAAUUACCAUGGCGUAAGCACACCUGCCUGAAGGGAGAUUCCAAGGCAGAAGGCGCGAAGGGAAUGGACUGCGACAUGUCUUGGGAAGCCUACACAGACUUGCUCACGAAGUCCGUGCCGCUGAUCACGAGGAAGCAGGCGCAGGUUCUCACGCGUGAGUGUUGGAGAAAUGGUGACGCGGAUCCCACCGGCAUUGGCAUGGUGAGUGUCUGCGUCGUGCCGAAGACCGCCGCGCAAGAGUAUGGCGCCGAGCUUUGCCGUAAUGGAAUCCAGGCCAGCGUGGUCCCGGACAGUAUCUACAAGGCCCUGCCGUUUUCUUAG